AUGGAGGACACAGCCCCCGAGGUUCUGUUUGAGACAUGGGGCAAGGAGAAAGUUCCAGCAACAGAGGACCUGAGGGUGUGGAGACUUGUCCGUUGCUCCUAUGCUGCCGUUCGCUCAUUCCUUCGGCCAGUGAAAAUGCUGGCAUGGGACGAUUCAGAGGACGUUCCUCUCCAUGUGACAUCCCUGCCAACACAUGAAAGACGUCUACAGGUUUUGGUAUGGAGUGUACCGCUGUUAGCUGGUUGGUCUGUCCUGUCUCACCCUUUGGACUGUAAGAAUGAAGUGGGCUCAGUCUAUCGCUGUGCAUCCAUCUCUCAGGAAAAACUUCUGGACCGAGUCAUUCAACACGCAGAACUUAUCUACCGGGUCUCAGAGGAAUCCUGCAGCAUGUUUGAAGAGAUGUUUAUCCCUGUCCCAAUGCGGCCUUUGCGGAACCAGGGUGUCAAUGGUUGCAUAACGAAAGCUUUUCCCAUUCCGAGCUCCAGAAGCGAGGUCCAGCAGAUAUCGGACAAGUGGCUGCUACAUUCUGUGUUAAUGUUGGUUCAGUCCUGGAUCGAGCCAAUGGUUUACCUGCAGACCACCCUGGAUCGCUAUGACGAUGCCCCUGAUGUUUUACUUAACAAGACCAGAUGGGUGUCAGACAAACUGCUCAGUCUGGAACAGGGAGUAGUGGUCCUCAUCAGGAAGAUGCUGGAUGAAGGAAUGCUGACCUCUUCGGUGUAUGAACACGGCCUGGCCCAGUAUGACACGCAGCCUGAGACGCUGGAGUCUGUGUUGAGGGACUACACCUUGCUCACCUGUUUCAAGAAGGAUGCCCACAGGAUGGAAACCUUCCUCAAGCUUCUGAAAUGUCGGCAGACAGACAAGCUUAAUUGUAUUAUGAACUAA